AUGCGCCACUUCGACGCCUGGGUCGUCCGCGACCCCUACUCCAUCUGGCACUACUACGCUACCGGCCAACGCUGGAAAGACACCCAACAGCCCCUCCCCGUCCCUCUCCCCCUCCACCCCAAGCAACCCCCAGACCUCCUGCUCCCUCCUCACCCGCCUCCCCCCGAGAUCCGCCAUAUGAUCUGGGGCUUCGUCUUCGGCGCCGACACCCUGCACCUCGUCACAGUGAAGGACAAAGUGCGCCACGUCCGCUGCAACUCCGCGUCGCCCUCGCUCACCCAGCACCGCCACUGCUGCCCGACGACGCCCGCGCGCUGGCGCGUGUCUGACAGCCGGGUCCAAGGCCACUCCGACGGACUGCUGUACCCGCACACGCACGCCCAGCUCCCAUCCAGCCUGAGCGACGGCAAUGUCGCGCUCCUGCGCACCUGCCGCGCCAUCCACGCCGAGGCCGCGACCACGCUCUACGCACAGUCCACCUUCGACGUCGACGACCUCUACACCUUCAUUGCCUUCGCACAGAGCGUGCCCCGCGCCGCACUAUCCUCCAUCCGCCGGCUGACCGUGCAGUGGAUGCCCGUCUGGACUCCCCUGACAGGCCAAGACCACAAAGGCUCCAUCUACGCGCAUACGCACAGCGACGUGCUCUGGCUGCAGUUCUGGGCGGCGGUCGCGUCACUGCCUGCCCUGCGGGCACUGAAGCUCAGCAUUGACCUUGGCCGGUUCACGGGCACGGUGACGGGCGGCGGGGCCGUGCUUGUGGCGGGCCAACGCAUCCCGCUGGUGCUGAAGGAGCCGUGGUUGUUGCCGCUGCUGAAUGUGCGGGGGCUGGAGGAGUUUGAGUUGGCGGUUACGGCGAGGUGUGAUGUUGCGGCGAGGGGGGUGAUUGAGGGGGAUUUGUGUCGGGAUGCGGGGGUUUUGAGGGAUCAGUUGCGGGCUGUUAUGUGUUCGCGACGGGGGGUGCCGCUGGGUGCUCUUAAGGAGCUAGGGCUUGACGUUGACGGCGUCUGGUUGAGGGCGUUGGAGGAGCUUGGGGAGGAGUCGCCGGUGAGGAGGGCCGGGCCUAGAUUGGCAAUUAUGGCGUAA